GCCACUGGCCAGCUAUAACCUAAAAAAUUGAGAAGUUUAGAAGAGGGGAAAUUAUCUUGUAAUUAAUUAAGAAUAAAGCCGUAAAAUGACGAUUUUAAAUAUGUACAGAAUACGUAGUCUAUCAAACAUAGUUAAGAAAUCAAGUAAAUUCCAAAUUGAAGUAAAUAAGAAUUAUGCCUCACAUGUCACAUAUGCAGAGCACAAACCAUUGGAAAAAAUCAGAAACAUUGGUAUAUCAGCUCACAUUGACUCAGGAAAAACUACACUCACUGAAAGAAUAUUGUUCUAUACUGGCAGAAUAGACCAAAUGCACGAAGUAAGAGGCAAAGACAAUGUUGGAGCAGUCAUGGAUUCAAUGGAACUAGAGAGGCAAAGAGGUAUCACAAUACAAUCGGCCGCUACAUAUACUAUAUGGAAGGAACACAAUAUCAACAUCAUAGACACACCUGGUCACGUAGACUUCACAGUUGAGGUAGAGAGGGCUUUAAGGGUUUUAGAUGGUGCUGUUUUAGUUCUAUGUGCAGUUGGAGGAGUCCAAAGUCAAACAUUAACUGUGAAUAGGCAGAUGAAGAGGUAUAAUGUACCCUGUUUGGGCUUUAUUAACAAGCUGGAUAGACUGGGCGCUAAUCCAGAGAGAGUUUUAAAACAGAUGCGUUCCAAGAUGAAACAUAACGCGGCAUUCCUCCACCUACCAAUCGGCUUAGAGAAAGAAUGCCAAGGGAUAUUGGACCUUGUUGAAGAGCGUGCUGUGUACUUUGAUGGCGAUUACGGCGAAAUUAUGCGGUUCGAUGAAGUACCUCAGAACAAUAGGGCUGAGGUCAAAGAGCGGAGACAUGAGCUUAUUGAACAGCUGUCGAAUGUUGAUGAGACUUUAGGUGAGAUGUUUCUCGAAGAGAAAACCCCGACCGUCGCAGAAAUAAAACAGGCGAUAAGGCGAUCAACGUUACAGCGUUUAUUUACACCAAUCCUAUUGGGCACUGCACUCAAGAACAAGGGGGUGCAACCUUUACUAAAUGCUGUGCUAGAUUACUUGCCACAUCCAGGUGAAGUUGAGAACACAGCCAUUUUGGGUGAAAGGAAGGGCUCAGAAGGCGAAACAAUAGUUCUAGAUCCUUCUAGGGACGGUUCAAAGCCUUUUGUAGGGCUCGCAUUUAAGUUGGAGUUAAGUAAGUUUGGACAGCUGACUUAUUUGAGAUGUUACCAGGGCAUUUUGAAGAGGGGGGAUAACAUAUUCAAUGCUCGUACAGGUCGAAAGGUGAAAAUAUCACGCCUAGUGCGUAUGCACUCAAACAACAUGGAAGAAGUAAACGAAGUGUUGGCGGGCGAUAUUUUCGCGUUGUUCGGCGUAGAUUGCGCGUCGGGUGACACGUUCGUCAACGACGUUAAACUGCAGCUGUCCAUGGAGUCCAUCCAUGUACCGGACCCAGUGGUCUCCAUGGCUAUUAAACCAAAGAAUAAUAAGGACAGGGAUAACUUCUCGAAGGCUGUUGCCAGGUUCACAAAAGAAGAUCCCACAUUCCACUUCCGCUACGACAGUGACAAUAAAGAGACAGUUGCAUCCGGUAUGGGCGAAUUACAUUUGGAAAUCUACGCGCAACGGAUGGAGAGAGAAUAUAAUUGCCCCGUUGAGUUGGGCAAACCGAAAGUCGCAUUCAGGGAAACUAUGAUGUCGCCGUGCACUUUCGACUACCUACACAAGAAACAGUCCGGCGGUGCGGGCCAAUAUGCACGAGUCACUGGUAUAAUGGAGCCUUUACCUCCGGACCAAAACACAAUGCUAGAGUUCGUAGACGAAACAAUAGGCACGAACGUUCCAAAGCAAUUCAUUCCGGGCGUAGAGAAAGGAUUCAUCGACACUUGCCAGAAAGGAUAUCUGUCGGGACACAAAAUAUCUGGAGUCAAAUUCCGGCUACAAGACGGAGCGCAUCACAUUGUGGAUUCCAGCGAAUUGGCCUUCUUCUUAGCUGCGAAGGGGGCAGUUAAAGAAGUUUUCGAAGAUGGAGCGUGGCAGAUCCUAGAGCCGAUAAUGUUCGUCGAAGUUACCAUCCCUGAAGAAUUCCACGGCACGGUGUUGGGGCAGCUCAACAAACGGGGCGGCAUCGUUACCGGUACCGAGGGCUUAGAGGGCUGGACCACUCUUUACGCCGAAGUGCCUUUGAACAAUAUGUUCGGAUAUGCUGGGGAUUUGAGAUCUAUGACACAAGGAAAGGGUGAGUUCAGUAUGGAAUACAGUCGGUACUCCCCCUGCCUACCCGAUGUACAGGAGCAGUUAAUACGAAAGCAUCAAGAAGAGAUGGGCUUGCUGCCCGACCAAAAGAAGAAGAAGAACUAACCGCCUAGAGAAUAAAUAGAAUCAAUUUAGUGAUAUUUAAUUUUAAGUUAUAGGUACGUAUUUAAUUAAAAUAAUUAUAUGAAUUUAAG